CGCCUCCGCACCGCAUUGAGACUCCUUCCUUGCAUUCUAUCCCGUGCCAUCCAUUCAAAACCCAGCCGUCAACCUCGUCAACCCACUCCGAAGCUUUGAACAUCAGCGCUUCUCGAUUGACGAUCUUACAGCAUGGAGCCCUGGCAAUCUUGGGCAGUCGCCCUCAUCGGCGCUGCUGCUGUCUACUACUACUACUUCCAGCAUGGCAAGCCUGCUGCCAACAGAACUCGCUCCGCCUCCGUGUCGGACUUUGUUGCUCCCCAACCCAAGACCGCUCGCCGACGAGACUCGACCAAGCCAAAGCCCAAGUCUGAAGUCACCAAGUCUACUGGCGUCACCAUUCCUCAGCCCUCGAGUGUUUUGAGCGGUGAGGACAGCAGCAGCAAGGCCUCGGAUGUUUCCAAGAAGCGCAAGGCUGGCAAGAAGCAGUCCGCCGCACCUGCUCCCUCUCUCACCCCGGCCCCAGCCCCCAAGCGUCAAGAGAUUGAUGACGACGAUGUCGCCCAAGAGGAGGAUAACAAAGCCUGGGCUCAACAGCUUGCCAGUCUCAAGAAGGGCACCAGCCUUGCCCCUCCUGCUCGUACCGACUCACGCAACAGAACUGUGAAGCAAUCUUCCAAGACCUUCUCUUCUGCUUCUUCCAACAAUGCCGAUGAUGAUCUUACCCCUUCCAUGUCGAGCGCUGGCGAUGUUUCAGACAUGCUUGAGCCUACCGCCUCCGGCCCAUCCGUCCUUCGUGUCACUGGAUCCAGCAAGCCUGCCAAGGCCAGCCAGCCUCGCCAGCAGACACAGGCUCAAGAGCAAGAGACGAAGAAGCAAAGACAAAACCGUAAGAAGGUUGAGGACCGCAGACUCCAAAGAGAGGCCGAGGAGAAGGAGCGCCAGACUCUGCUCGAAACUCAGCGCCGCACUGCUCGUGAGGCUCGCGGUGAGCCCUCGAAGAACGGCAUUCCCGUCUCACAACCUCCCACUAGCAGCGCAUGGGCUGAAGAAGUUGCCAAGCGUGCCACUCAGCCUCCUGCUGUGGCCGUAACCAGCGAGAGCGCUCCUCUGCUUGACACUUUCGAGCAAAGCAAUGGAGCUUCCGAGGAAGACCAGCUGAGACUGGCCAAGCAGAUCAGCCAAGACGACUCGGGCUGGAACACUGUCCCCAAGGGCAAGAAGCAGCAGAAGAAGAAGGGUCACUGCACCAACAGCCAAAGCUCCAGCUGCCUCGACCAACGGAUACUCAUCCCUUUACGAUUCAGGAUACGAUGCAGGCAGCCACCCCGACGACUCCCAGUGGGCCGCUUAAUCUUACUAGGCUCACGUUGUCUUCGCCGCCUUUUCAGGCGUGCGUGGAGAUAUGAGUGCUCCCCACAUCUUCAUUCUUUCUUAAUUGGUCGCACCUAAGAAGCGUCCAGAGUCGAGGAAGACUGUCGAUUCAUGUUUUGUUUUUCUUUCCAAGCAAGGGUAUUCCCACAGGGCAUCUCGAAGGGUUCAUUUCUUUGCUUUCAAUUGAAUUCUUUCUUUAAGCCACACAAAAUCAGGAGACAAAGAGAUGCGGCUGAUUUGAGAGCAGGCGUUCAGAUGGAUCUUGAAGUUCCUGCCGUUCUCUCUUGUACUUGAUCAUUGAUGUAUUCAAAAAAACGAAAUGCUUUUAUAUUCAUUC